ACAGGUGAAAGCUGCUCAAUUCUUGGACGUUUUUUUCUUUUGUCUGAGUCACAAGUCAGCCUUUGUUGGUUCACUUGACAAGCUUGUAUCAGCAAGAACAUCAUCUUCUGGAUUUAUGCGGUCCAUAGCAGAAUUAAAUGCUGUAAUUAAGGCUGAAUCUGAAAAUUCAGAGUGCUCAGUUCUUCAAAACAGGAAAAUAGUAUCCUUGCCUGAAAAUGUACAUACUGAGUAUGAGCUUCCUCGCGUGCCACCUUGGUUUGUUAACAUUGGCAGCCAUGAUCUUUACCAAGCUUUGGCUGGAAUUCUUAGACUUGUAGGUAGAUGUUUAUUUGCAGACUCUCAAAUUGAAGGUUCCCUUUCUGCUAUAGCUGAUAUUCCACUUGGACACUUGCGUAAAUUAAUUUCUGAGGUACGAACAAAAGGAUACCAUAGUGAAAGCUGGCUGUCUUGGUAUAAGAGAACAGGUUCAGGGCAGUUGGUCCGACAGGCUAGUACUGCUGCAUGUAUAUUGAAUGAAAUGAUAUAUGGCAUUUCUGAUCAAGUUAUAGCUAAUUUUCAAACCAUGUUUGGGAAGUCCAGUCUAAGUGGGAAUGGUGAGUGCUUUUAUGCUGAUGAUAAUGGUGAAUAUUUUGAAUUUGUGGGUAAUGCACAAGAGGAAUGUGUUUGGAAUGUCAACAAGGGUGGAAAUGCAAGGAGCCAGUUGAUAGACUGUAUUGGUAACAUAUUACAUGAAUAUCUAUCCUCCGAAAUUUGGGAUCUUCCACUGGAGAGUAGUUCCGUUUCCCAUUUUGAUGGAGAAGGAAACUUAAAUUCAUACUUUUUCCAUGACAAUGCAAUGCUACAGCAGGUUAUUAUUGAGGGAAUUGGCAUAUUUAAUAUUUGUCUUGGGAAAGAAUUUUCUUCAUCUGGAUUUCUUCAUUCUUCACUUUAUAUGAUGCUUGAAAAUGUUAUCUGUUCAAAUUUUCACAUCAGAAGGGCAUCUGACGCUGUUUUACAUGUAAUCUCCACUAUAAACAACUGUCCAUCGGUAGGUCACCUGGUAUUGGCAAAUGCAGACUACGUAAUUGAUUCUAUAUGUCAGCAACUGCGUCAUUUGGAUCUUAAUCCUCAUGUUCCAAAUGUACUUUCUGCUAUGCUUUCUUAUGUUGGAGUUGCUGAUAAAGUAUUGCCGUUAUUGGAGGAGCUGAUGCGUGCUGUGGCUAUGGAGCUUGAAAUUCUUGGCAGAAACCAGCACCCACAUUUGACCACUCCCUUCUUGAAGGCUGUCGCUGAAAUAACCAAGGCUUCCAGUAAAGAGGCUUGUGCACUGCCAGAAAAAGCAGAGUCAUUUCUAAAGGAAGUGAAGUUUAAAAUAUCAAAUAUGGACAAGGAAAAGGGAAAACAUUUUUCUUCCAGUUCACAUAUUAUGGAUAUAGGUUCUGAGGUUUCUGAUAGAAAGCCAGAAAGUUGCUCUAGCGGUGCUGAUUUGCAAGAAGAGGAUUGGGAGUCAAUCUUAUUCAAUUUGAAUGAUUCAAGAAUAUAUCGAAGAGCAGUUGGAUCUAUUGCUGGGUCAUGUAUAAUCGCUGCCACUCCAUUAAUUGCUUCAGAUGAUCAAGCAGCAUGUUUGAUUGCCCUGGAUGUAGUUGUGGAUGGAAUACUGGCAUUAGCUAAAGUGGAAGAAGCCUACAAGCAGGAGAGUAAAACCAAAGAGACAGUUGAAGAUUUUAUUCUCUCUCGCUUUCCCCACGUUCUUCAGGAUAAUGUUGAUGACGAAACAGGAGAAAACAGAUUACUCCCUGCAAUGAACAAAGUUUGGCCAUUUUUAGUUGCUUGCGUCCGUAAUAAGAAUCCAGUGACCACUAGAAGAUGCUGUCGUGUGAUUAGUACGGUGGUCCAAAUCUGUGGAGGAGAGUUCUUUGCGCGCCGUUUUCACACUGACGGAAUCCAUUUCUGGAAACUCCUAACAACAUCACCAUUUCAAAAGAAAUCUCAUCCCAAACAGGAAAGAGUCCCUCUUCAACUACCUUACAGAAAAAGCUCCAAUUCUUCUGAGGACGAUUCAGUUGGUGAAAUCUCCAGCCUGAAAGUCCAGGCCGAACUGCUCAACAUGAUUUCAGACCUGGCACGAAACAAAAGAAGUGCUCCUGCAUUAGAUGCUGUCUUCAAGAAGGUUAGUGGUCUGGUGGUUGGCAUUGCAUUCAGCGGCGUCAAAGGUCUUCUAGAAGCUUCUGUCAAUGCUCUUGUUGGACUUGCUUCAAUCGACCCUGAUCUGAUAUGGCUUCUCUUAUCCGACGUUUACUACUCAAGAAAGAAAGAUUUGCCUUCUCCCCCGACUUCGGAAUUUCCAGGUAUUUUGGAAAUUUUGCCGCCGCCGCCAUCCUCUAAAGAAUACCUGUAUGUGCUUUAUGGAGGCCAAACCUUUGGAUUUGAUAUUGAUUUUUCUGCUGUGGAGGCUAUGUACACAAAAUUGCAUGACCAAGUUUUUACCAAGCAGAUGUAUACUUGAUUCUUUCCCCCCUGGAUAGACAGACUAAUUUAGUAAUUUUGUACAUAUUUUUUUUCUUUUUCAUUUUGACAUUUUGUGGAGCAAGAUGUUCCUCUUUAUGAGUUGACUUCCUAUCAAGAUGUUUAGUUGUUAGAAUUGGUUUUGUUAGCUCUUUUUGUCAGCUUUGUUUGGUAAGAUGAUGAUUUGCUUGUAAAUGAAUUGUUUGACACAUU